AUGAUGGAUAUAAAGAGAUUUACUCCACAUGCCGUUGCGGCUCUUGGGGCCGCAAGCUUCGUGUUUGCUCUUUCCGCGGUCUCUAGCGAGGCUUGGUGGAAUUCCGAAAAAGGCAGUCACGGAAUCUGGUCAGUGAAGAUCUCCGACGAAAAGAAAGCAAUUUCUAUCGGGGAGUACGAAGGAUACAAGGGACUAGAGGCAGUUCGUGGCUUUCAACUGACAAACGUGCUCAUUUUACUGGCAGCUACUGUUUUCUCGCUGCUCAAGGCAUUCAAGGGCGAUCAAAGCCGAGCUAGUGGCAUUGGAAGCGCUUUCAUUACAUCUUUCACUUUUUCAGUUUUUACGGUGGGCGCAAUAAGUUCGAUCGACCCGAUCAAGUACUUGGGCGAAGAUUUUUCUUAUGGAACAAGAAAGGAAAUAGCGGAGCAUCUUUUCACACCAACGAUUUUCUUUACAUUCUUCUUGCCACCCAUUAUGCUCGAAGCUGGCUACUUUCUUCCCAAAAAGGAUUUUUUGGAAAAUAUUGGAACAAUUUUGACUUUCGCUGUUGCUGGAACAAUUUUCAACGCCAUCGCCAUUGGAUUCACCCUCUACGCCGCAUUUGUCUUAGGAUGGAUGCCCGGACUAGACGACGAAGAAGGAGAUCUUGGGGCACGUGAGUUUCUACUUUUCGGCUCGAUCAUGAGUGCUGUCGAUCCAGUUACAGUGAUUGCUGUAUUUAACGAAAUCCACGUGCACGCGGUUCUUUACGAGAGGGUCAACGAUCUGUCUGAUAUUUGCUAG